AUGUCUACUAUCACAGAACUCCUGGGUCACCAGAAACCCAAGGUCUUGACUCAGGAACAGAUCGACUCGUUCAUGAAACAUGGCUUUUUGCGGCUUCCGGGUGCCAUCAUUCCGGAGAAGGGUGACGCCUGGUGCAAGGAUGUCUGGAAUAGGUUGGGAAUGGACCCCAAUGACAAGUCCACAUGGCAUGCCGAACGCACAAACAUGCCCUCGCGCAAGCGCAUACCUGUCAGCGAGGUAGCACCUACGGCAUGGACCGCCAUCUGCGAUCUCUGCGGCGGCGAAGACCGAGUCCAUGAGUCGGCACGAACGUGGAGCGAUGGGUUCAUUGUGAACUUGGGUAGUCCGGAGGGCGAAGGAAAGGAGAUCGCACCGAAGGAUUUGGAUAACUGGCACGUCGACGGCGAUUUCUUCAUCCACUUCCUCGACUCACCCGAGCAAGCCCUGCUCGUUAUCCCCUGCUGGUCAGACGUCCACCCCAACGGCGGCGCGACCUGGAUCUGCGACCAAGGCCCCGCCCGCAUCGGCAAACUACUCUACGACCAUCCAGAAGGUCUCACUCCACGCAUGGGCCCUCGCUCUGAAGACGCUGGCUACACCACACUGAAAGCCUACAUCGACGUGAUCAAGGAAUGUCCCGACGAGACCUUCCACGAGAUGACCGGCAAGAAGGGCGAUGUCAUCCUCCUGCACCCGCUCAUGCUGCACUCUGCAAGUAAGAACGGGGCGAGACAGAUCAGGAUCAUCACCAACCCGCCCGUGAGCAACAACGAGCCGUUCCAGUUCUCUCGGCCUGGUAAGCCGGAGGAGUAUUCAUUGGUGGAGCUCAAGACUAUGCAGGCUGUUGGAGGGGACAAUGCGCCUGAAACGCACUUCAAGGACUGGAAGAUCACGGCGGAGCGGGAGUUGAUUGUGCCGGAGAGAGUGAAGAGACAGAGAAGAUGCUGGAAGAGGAAAAUAGGAGACUGA